AUGUAUUUCCCCAGCAUUGACCAAUUGUUCAUCGAUCUGCCUGGAAGGCAAGCCAACCUCGCCUAUCACCAGGAGCGCCACCAGCAGCCGCAAUAUCAACUUGCCCUGGGCCCGGUGAUGCCCUACUAUUCUACCACCACAACCACUACCACUACCACUGCGAUUGCCCCCUCUCCUAUGCUCCCCCACGCCUUUCCUCCCUAUUCUCCUCGUCAGCAACCUUCACAACAAGAGGCAGCGUGUGGGCGAACACGACUGGCUCCCAUAGAGCCGGCACGCAACUACCAGGCGAUGGAAAGCUCGUCUAAUGAACAAACCAGCUAUGCGGGUGGCUCAUUAUCUUACCGAAGGAGAGCUGAUCUUGCCUCCGUUCGCCAGAUUUCUGCGCAUGCUCCUCCACGUCCACAACCGACAGCGCAAGAGGUACCGAGCGGGACAAACAGGACCGGUCUGUAUGAUCCCAUCAAGGGGAGAAAUGUAGUCUUUCCCCCGCCUGAGCAUUCGCUCGCUGCCACUGUGUCCAUCAACCCCAGCACCAUAGGAAGUUCAUCUGACCAGGCGAGGAAAUGGACGGAAUCACCGAGGGAAUAUCCGGAUACCACUGGGUCAAACAACGGAAACAUCUCGACGGUCAUGGGCACGGGACGUAGUCCCAGCCUCCCGGUCCCUUCCAGCGGGCCUGUCAUCCGCAACUUGAACAGCGCCAGCAACAACACUCCAUUUGCGGUCCCGAAUGCCCGCAGCUAA